UAAUUUUCCUUUUCUUUGGGAAGGAAUCACAAGGAGAGCCUUCAAUAUUAUUUAUUUAUUUGACUGAACUUUCUUCCUCCCCUUCUCUGCCCAAUCUUUUCAUUUACAGGCAGCCCAGCCAGCUUCUCUCUCAAUCUCUCCCCAUCUGUCUUUCUUCAUCCUCCUCAGCAGCAGCAACAACUUAAUUUCAAGUUUCAUAUAUAGCUAUAUAUGUAGAGAGAGAGAAGGAGUUAGAGUGAGAGGAAGACAGGUAGUAGUAGCUUAAGUUAAGUUUAGCUAGUUACGCGUCCCAAGUGAUUAGAGCUUUGCUGGUUGGUUUGGAUUGGUGGAGCGGUUAGGUCGAUAGGAGUAUGGGAAGAUCGCCAUGCUGUGAUAAAGUAGGGUUGAAGAAAGGGCCAUGGACGCCCGAAGAGGAUCAGAUGCUCUUGGCUUACAUCGAGGAGCACGGCCACGGUAGCUGGCGAGCUUUGCCUUCCAAAGCAGGUCUACAACGGUGUGGGAAGAGCUGCAGGCUGAGAUGGACAAACUAUCUGAGGCCCGAUAUUAAGAGGGGCAAGUUCAGUUUGCAGGAAGAACAAACCAUUAUUCAACUCCAUGCCCUCUUGGGGAACAGAUGGUCAGCCAUUGCGACACACUUGCAAAAGAGGACGGACAACGAGAUAAAGAACUACUGGAACACCCACCUCAAAAAGCGGCUGACCAAGAUGGGAAUCGACCCGGUGACUCACAAGCCGAAGAACGACGCCCUCCUCACCACCCAAGCCGGCUCCAACUACUCCAGCUCCAAGAGCGCCGCCAACCUCAGCCACAUGGCGCAGUGGGAGAGCGCCAGACUCGAAGCCGAAGCCCGCCUCGUCCGACAGUCCAAGCUCCGUUCCCACCCCUUGCUCGCCACCUCAGCUGCCGCCGCCCAGCUGGCAACCCGAUCCACGUCGAUCAAGUCUUGGUCCGCUAGCAGCAGUAUCAACGUCCACGUGGAUCUAGAGUCUCCCACGUCAACUCUCUCCACCACCACCGCCGCAUUGCCGGGGAAUCCGAUUAGUAGUAGUGAUCGUCAUGAAGACGAUCGUUCUCCGUCAAUCCCGCACAUGUUCGAGUUCAUCAAGGACGUAUCUCAUCAUCAACAUGACGAUGCGAGUGAUGACUGGACAGUGUGCCAGCUGGCAGCUGACCAUCAUUCAGCAAUAAAUGAUCAUCAUCACAAUCACAUUGCUGUUGCUAGUGGAGGUACGAUUUCCUGCUGCAGCUCCAUGGAAGCGGGGGGAUGGACUCUCAACAAUAAAGAGAGUAGUAAUGGUGAUGAUGACGUGGCGGAGGAGGGUUUUAUUAGUCUUUUGUUGUGUGAUUCGACGGCGGCGGCGGCAGGUGGGGAUCAUCAAGAGCAUGGAAGCAGCAGCGAGGUUAAUAAUAACUCGGAGAUUAGUGGUGGUGGUGGUAAUGAGAAGAAUAGUAAUAAGGAUUCUUCGGAGAACAACAGCGGGAGUACGAUGACGACGACUAAUGAGCAUGAGCAUGAGUAUUGCGAGGACAAGAACUACUGGAAUAGUAUUCUGAAUUUGGUCGACACUUCUUCUCCCUCGCCCGACGGUGAUGAUACUCACAUGUUUUAGGGUUAUCGAUCGCCAUUGUUGUAGCUGUUUACUAGUUCGUAAUUUGAACUCUCGUUAAUUAAUGUUGUUGAUUGGAGGGGUUGAGUGAGUCAAUUAGAUAUUCAAUGGAGGUGUGUAUGCACGGCUGCUGGUAAUGUAUUAAUAAAUCAGCUACCAACAAUCAAUAUUACCCUUUUCAAUAUUGGACCACCAUGAUUAAUAAAUUAAUUUGGUGGUCCUAGUUUAUGAA